GUAGCAGGCUGCCGGGAACGCGCAGGCGGUCUUGAACGUCCCCCCGGUCUGCUCAUUGUGCAGCGGAGGAAACAUCGCCAGGCUUCGACGCUUCAGACGACGCUGCUAUGAAAUGGCAGAAACUGCUUGUGUCACGGAAGCACAACGAUUAGGUUACGUAGAAGCUACACAUGUAUGUUGCGAUGACCCCAGCCUGCUAGUGUGAAGAGCAAACGAGGAGCGUAUCCGGAGGAAAUAAAGGGAUUAAAGAGGCUGUUUUUAUCUCCAGAAAGAAGAAACCGUCCUGGUUGGUUUGUGUCUCCAGCAGGCAGCGGAGCGACUACUGCGGGUCGACAGUGUCGGAUUCAACCGGAGAGAGGGGUCUUGAAAGGAGAGCUCCACGUGAAUGCCCAAUCAUAGCGUUCGUCCAAGGCUUCACCAUGAACCGGAACAAGCGUGAGAAGGAGUACUACAGUAUAGAUGUGGGCGAUUCAACUUUUAUGGUUUUAAAGCGCUACCAGAACCUCAGACCCAUUGGAUCCGGAGCACAGGGAAUCGUCUGUUCAGCGUAUGACCACAACUUUGAGAGGAACGUCGCCAUCAAGAAGCUGAGCCGGCCGUUCCAGAAUCAAACUCACGCAAAACGGGCCUACAGGGAACUGGUGCUCAUGAAAUGUGUCAACCACAAGAACAUAAUCGGCCUAUUAAAUGUAUUCACGCCACAGAAGACACAGGAAGAAUUCCAAGACGUGUAUCUGGUGAUGGAGCUGAUGGAUGCCAACCUCUGCCAGGUGAUUCAGAUGGAGCUGGACCACGAGAGGCUGUCCUACCUGCUCUACCAGAUGCUGUGUGGAAUCAAACACCUGCACGCUGCCGGCAUCAUACACAGGGACCUGAAGCCCAGCAACAUCGUGGUGAAGUCUGACUGCACACUGAAGAUCCUAGACUUUGGCCUGGCCAGGACAGCCGCCACUGGCCUCCUCAUGACGCCCUACGUGGUGACCCGCUACUACCGCGCCCCUGAGGUCAUCCUGGGCAUGGGCUACCAGGCCAACGUUGAUGUCUGGUCUGUUGGCUGCAUCAUGGCUGAAAUGGUCCGGGGUAGUGUGUUGUUUCCAGGCACUGAUCAUAUCGACCAGUGGAACAAGGUGAUCGAGCAGCUGGGGACACCGACUCAGGAGUUCCUGAUGAAGCUCAACCAGUCGGUGAGGACCUACGUGGAGAACAGGCCCCGGUAUGCCGGCUACAGCUUCGAGAAGCUCUUCCCUGACGUCCUGUUCCCCGCAGACUCUGAACACAACAAACUGAAAGCGAGCCAAGCCCGAGACCUCCUGUGCAAGAUGCUGGUAAUAGACGCGUCAAAGCGGAUCUCAGUGGACGAGGCUCUCCAGCACCCUUAUAUCAACGUGUGGUACGACCCGACUGAAGUGGAGGCGCCGCCACCCGCGAUCACAGACAAGCAGCUGGAUGAGAGAGAGCACACAGUGGAGGAGUGGAAAGAGUUGAUAUAUAAAGAAGUGUUGGACUGGGAAGAGAGGACAAAGAAUGGUGUCAUCAGGGGACAGCCGGCAUCCAUAGGUGCAACAGUGAGCAACGGCACCCAGCACCACACCUCCACGUCCUCCUCUGCCUCCGUCAACGACGUCUCCUCCAUGUCCACUGACCCGACCCUGACCGACACCGACAGCAGCCUGGAGACAGCAAGCGCCGCCGCCGCCGCCGCCGCCGCCGCUGCUACAGCCACCAGCCCCCCCCCCCCCCCCCCCCCCUGGGCUGCUGCUACAGCCACCAGCCCCCCCUGGGCUGCUGCAGAUGACUAUCAUCUACACCCCCUCCUGGUCCUGGUCCUGGGCUGGGCCUCACCCCCCUGGUCACAUCCAAGACCACUUGCCCGACACUGGCUCCUGGCCCCGCCCCCUGCAUCUUCCCCCCCCACCUCCUCUCUGUGCUUGUCUUCAGUAGUGUAGCGAUUAGCCAGCUAGCUGUUUGAGAAAUACUCUGAUUUCUGAAAGGACAGAUGAUCUUUUUUUAUUACACUUAGUCUUUUUUUUUUUUUUUUUUUUUUAAUUAGGAUUUCUUUUCGUUUGAGUCCUAGCUGUAAUUUAUUGUGGCAUUUCUUAAUUUUUUCAGAAACCUAAGAUGAUGAUAAGAGAAUUUUUAUGAUUUCACUACGUUCCGGUUUUAUAUUAGCCGACGGUGAGAAUUGAAAGAAAUAUCUGUACAAUGUUUUAAUGUGAUCUAUUUUUCUGUUGGAAGUCAUUUUGUUUCACUUGUAAGCUACUGCUUUUACAACUUGCCAUAUAAAUGUAGAUUGAGUUUGUACAGAUUUUAUGGUAGAUGUAGUUUUAUCUUCGAUACAAGUUUGCAGUGAGCCAUUGAAACAUAAUUGACAAAUGUAUGGUCUUAGUACUCCCCUUUUAUCUCAUGUAAUAUGGAUAUCGUUUUAAGUGCAUAUGACAUAUCCAUUGAUUUGAACUGAGAUCAUUUAGAUUUACUUGUAAAAAAAAGUUUUUUCUCCUGUGAGUCACUACUACUUCCUACAUUGUAAAAAUGUAAUGAAAGCUUUAUAAUUUACUUUCUGUUCAGACAUGAUAGGAUUUCAAAAAAUGAUUUUCACUCACCAUAUGAUUCAUUUUACCUUCUGCAUUUAAGCUAUGGGAUUGAUAAUGGCACAGUUGGAUAACUUUUUGAUGACCGUCUUCUGUAUUUUUUAAGUGCUUUAAAGUACCUCUUCUUGUGUGCAACAGGCUGUUAUGGAAACUGGCAUGGCGGUAUCGCUUUGGAGGACUGGAUGCACGGAGAACGCUUUCACGUUCUCCGCUCGUUCGCUUUGACGGCGAGGUAUUGCGAACAGUUCAGAAUGUUUUUUUUUUGUCGUGCUUUGGGAGGUUUAUCGAGACGUAGACGAGUUGUGUGAGGUUGUAAAAAAAAAAAAGCGGUGACGGUGUAAGUAGAAUGUGCUUCAGUCAAGUAGGGAAUUGUGAUUUCGAGAACGCAUGUGAACGUGUCGGUAUUGGGUGUCUUGGAGGGGAUAGUGAUUCUGCAGCCGGGUGGAACAGUGUGAGAACAUGUCAGCUUCUUGCUACCAGAUCCUGUUAUGAGUAAUGUACUUUUUGCGAAUUUGGAAAUUUGAGAGAUUUUUCUAAAAGUUGGCGUUGCGUACGAGACUGGCGUGCAAUUGUGUAAAAAAAAUGAACCUAAAAGUUAGCAGCACAAACAACCUGAGUCAAAAGAAACAAAUUAUUCUCACGGUAUGCAAUAAUAGUGCCCUUUUUUCGAUGUUUUUUGAGUUAGCUUUGAAAGGAAAAGUGCCUGUUUGUCAGUCAUUCCUGAGUACGUGGGAGGAAGUGUAUUCAUUACGUUUAGGUUUUUAUGGCAUCUGGUUAACAACAGUAGUUUCCAUAUCAAACCAGUAAUGUAUGAUGGGGGGUUGUAGUUCUCACAAAUGUAUUGUAUAUUUUUCUACUUGUUUUUGACCCUUGAGCGGGAGACGGUGGUGUCUUGCAGGGUAAAGAAGGUGAUGGCGUAUACGUUGAGAUGCUUGAGCAGCAUGUUGUUUGAGUCAUUUCAGAAGAAAAGGCAGUUUUAUCAAGGUCUUUCAUCAAAGUAAAAAAAAGAAGUGUUUCUUUGCAGUGACAGCAACCGAAAUAUAGGUUAAUAACAAUUAUUUUUUUUGGCUUUUCUUUGAGUACUAAUUUAAUGUGAUGAUUGUAAGAGAAGAUUGAACAGGAUGUUUUAAAAUUCAACUACUGGAUCAAACUAAACGAGGGAACUCUGCGACGGCGUUAUUGUCAGUAUUUUGUGAUUGGAUACUGUUUACCGUCGGAAAUGUGCAGAUCGAUGCUUUAGUUACGAACACAUAUCUGAGAGGCAGAGCUACUCAAGUUUAAACAAGCCAUAUUAGCUGAAAGCUAUCUAGGCAAGUCGUGUAAUGGUUUGUUGACUUUUUAAGAUCAUGAAUAUCAUGGUCGUAAAUGAAUGAAACAAAGGAGUUAUUUUCAAUUUAAGCUUUUUGCUGUUGAGGUUUCAUGCAGCCAUUCUGCCUGCUUGAAAUGUUUGCAUAACUAAACCUGCUAUCUGCAAGAAGCAGAGUUAGGAUGUAUUGUACUGUCAUGAGCAGGUGUUGUGGAUGUUGGCAUAAACAUCCCUAUACUAGGAUUGUCGUGUAACAGCACUGCGUCUAGAACCCGGUCUUUGAUAAGGCGGUUUUGCUCAAAGCAAAGUUGCAUGAAAGUUAAUCUUUCGACUGUAGCAUAAUAUGCUGUGUGCUCUACUUAAGCAACUUGUUACCGUCUGCCAAAUAUAUAAGGCUAAACACAGACGUAACCAUUUAUUUAACGGCUUGAUUUCUCAAAUACUGACCCACUACGGCUCCUUCUCUUUUUCAAGUCCUGGACUUGCACAAGCUAUUUGUAAAUCCAUUACUAAAUGUGUCCUUCAUUACGUUCUUAGUAUCAACUAGCUAGUUUCAAGAUUUUGUUAAUCGGGUUGCACCAUUCAAACUUGUCAUAUCCAGUAAAAACCAUAACAAUGGGUAAAUUAGUUGCCAUCUGACCAUAAUCGGUCAACUAUGUAAAAUGUUACUAUAGCAUCACAAGUUGUAACAUAACUUUCCAUAUUGACACUUUUAGUAUAUAUUAAUCGUAACUGCCGAUCCUUUUUAAAUGUAGGUAUGACUUUCUUCUAUUCAUAUAUGCAUACAUAGAGAAGUAGGUUUCAGAAUGAGUAACAUGAUAUCCAUAUGUUUUAGUACAAGUGAGAAAUGUCUCAAUAGACUCAAUUUUAUUCGGUUAACACUUUGUAAUUUUAUGUAUUUUUUUUGUAAAUUUUGUGGAAGUUUUGAAUUUUAAAAACUUCCCAGUUUACAUCAUUAUUUAACAGCAUUUUAUCAAGUGUAUGGUCAGAGUAUUGACCAUAUCACAUUACCUCUUUUACUCUUCAAUCUAAACGGGUAAUAUUCUGUAUAUAAGCAUUAGCUCUGUCACUAACACAGUUAACAUUUAAUAAAUUAGCGCGCAAACGUUAGCUUCGUCGCUGAGCUACAUAACAGUUAACAUUUAUUAUAUCAGCAAGCGUUAGCUUCGUCACUGAGCUACGCAACCGUUAACAUUUAUAUCAGCAACCAACCGUUAGCUUUGUCACUGUGCUACGUAACCGUUAACAUUUAUAUCAGCAAGCAAGCGUUAGUUGGCUUUGUCAUUGAGCUACGUAACAGUUAAAAUGUAUAUCAGCAACCAACCGUUAGCUUUGUCACUGAGCUACGCAACCGUUAACAUUUAUAUCACGCAAACAUUAGCUUCAUCACUGAGCUACGUAACAGCUAACAUUUAUUAUAUCAGCAAGCGUUAGCUUCGUCACUGAGCUACGCAACCGUUAACAUUUAUAUCUGCAACCAAGCAUUAGCUUCGUCACUGAGCUACGUAACAGUUAACAUUUAAUACAUUCGCAGGCAAAUGAUAGUUUUGUCAGUUAGCCACACAACAGUUCACAUUUAAUAUUUGCAAGUUAACGUUAGUUCUACUGUAUGCAAGAACAAGUUUAUGUGGUGCAACCCAUUUUAAUUUUGUGAUGCGUAAAUCUCCACGUUGUAAUCGCUUGCGUUAAAACUAGGCUAAGUUUGAACUUACGAACAGUUGGUGUCACUGGCUUUUCAGUCACCAGAAUUUAAAAGGAAAGGUUUAGCCGGUGAAGUGUAGUGACAGAUUAGUACAGUACAAAACUUAAUUCAAUCUGCAGGUAAUUAUUGUAGAUUCCAACAGCAACAUAACAACACAACGUAAAAACAACAAGGACUUGAACAGUGUCACAUCUGUAAGAAGGCAGCGAUAGCAGGGAGAAAAUCAGUGGUCGGUAUCCAUUUGUCAUAUUAGCCCAUUUGUCAUAUUAGCUAAAAUAAUCAAUCAGGAACUUUGUUGUCUAAAGUGCUCUUAGUUUCCUCAGCCCAACAUUAGGGGCUUUAAUUGGAGUAUUUUGUUAUGUUUUCUUCUUCUUAGGUUGUUGUUGCUUUUUUUAUAAUUACCGCAUCUCUCCCAACAAUGUCAUUCUGAUUUAAGUCGGCUUUGAUGAACUACCUCACGCUGAAUUUCUGCCAGUUCUUGCAUAUACUUAGUCGCCUGCAGAAUUAGCUAUCGAAGACGUGUGAAUAACAGAUUCCAUUAUUUAUUUAUUUGAAAGUGUACUAUUUGUCGGUUUCAACAGACUUCUAGUUUUGUACAUUAUGUAUACUUCACCUAGAAGUAAGAGAAUUGUUAUAUGUAUUUUUUGUUCUUUUUUGGGGGGUUUGUUUUUUUGUUUUUAAACUAAAUGUGCAAUACCUUCAGCAAACUGUGCUAGUAGUGUGUGAUGGGCCUAGCCUUUGUUAGCUGUCUCCUGAAGGUAAAGAAAAUGUUUGGUACUGUCAAUCCAUGUUUUCCUUUUUUAUGAAUAAGAUCAAUUUUUAUUUCUGUGACUUGUUUAUAGUCAUGAUGUUACGUAAUCAGUCUUACCCACCGAACAAACCUGUCGGCCGAUGUUUGACGCAGAGACGGGAAGUUCUUUGAGUCGCGACGCGGCCGACAGGUUUGGAUUUGGAAUGCGGUAAGGACAAUAAUGUUAAUAAACACAAAAAAGAUGAGUAAAUACCUACAAGAAAAUCAUUAUAUGUAUGGUGCUGGUUUGUAAUGUUUGCUAGUGAAUCCAGCCAUGCAAGUAGUUUUAAGAAUUCCUGGAUCUGCGCGUCCCAAAAACCGCAACCAACGAAGAAGUGCACUACUAGAAUACAUGCACUGGGAUCUGAUGAUGCCACCUCUUUAAAAAAACAAAACAAAAAAAACAUGUACUGCAAAUAAAAGAAAUACACUUUGA